AUGGUCACAAACUCACCUCUAAACGGAUUGGAACAGAGAAAGGAGGAAGGAAACAACAAGGAACGACAAAAGGCACUUCGAUUCAACCUCCAAAACUCAGAUUUCGCUCAAGAACUCCCAAAACCGCCUCUUCUCUUCCAUGGCACGGAAACUGUGAAGAAAAGACGGCUGCACCACUUUUAUUCGCGAAAGGGCUUCCAGACCCUAAACUGGCCCAAACCGACACUUAUAUUGAACCGAUUCGAUUUUCACAUAACCGGUGUCGGUCGACACCACCUCCAAAAGUCCAGAAUUUCGUUCACGGAUGUUACAUCAACAUAA